ACAACUUUUACCUUUUUUAAGUUUUCUUUCCGGGGCCAGGGUUCUCGCGUUAAACCCAAGCCCUAGGUUCACUCCGGGAGACCCCUCGCUCUGUUCUUCUUCGCCUCCGUUGUUCUCCAUCAGCCAGUCCGAAUCGUUCAGAUUUGAAGCAUGGUUGAGCUUCUUUUUGAGGAUAUCUUCACGCUGACCAGGAUCGACCCAGAUGGUAAAAAAUUCGAUAAAGUGUCUCGAAUUGAAGCACGCAGCGAGCAGUUUGAUAUGUACAUGCAGCUAGAUGUCAAUACUGAAAUUUAUCCACUUCAUGUUGGAGACAAAUUCACAAUGGUUCUAGCUCCAACUCUGAGUUUGGAUGGAACUCCAGACAGUGGCUACUAUAUGCAGGGACAACGAAAGUCACUUGCAGAUAAGUUCGAGUAUGUUAUGCAUGGGAAGCUAUAUAAGAUCUCAGAGGAGAGUUCUGGACCAAAUGUGAAAGUGGAGAUAUAUGCUUCAUUUGGUGGGCUUCUGAUGAUGCUUAAGGGGGAUCCCUCUAAUGCGACCAACUUUGAGUUGGAUCAAAGGUUGUUUCUGCUGAUGAGGAAAGUGUGAAGCCAUAGUUAUGCAGUGUCAAAGCAAGUAACAAGGUCAAAAACUUAUCUUGUUAGCAAACUAGUUGAUCUCUUUGAUACUUGGAGCUGUCUAGGUUAUCUGAAGACUGGUACUGCAAGAGCAGAUUUGGAGAGUAUAUAUGCAGCUUGUUUUGAUUUAUAUAAUGUCUACGAUCGUGGUUUUUUAUGCUUGGACAGCUGAACACCUGAUGGCAACAAAACAUAUCUAUGGUUGUUGUUUAAAUUGUUAACACGAUAAGAAAGCCCAACAUUUCAUCCGUGGGAGAACUUUAACAUCUUUAUAGCUAAGAUAUACAUGCUUAAAA